CAAUGCCUAUUUCAAGCACACUAGCAUGUGCUGAUGAGGUGGAUAAUGAAAAUUGUGAAGGUAUCGUUGUCCCUAAAGAAGGAAUGAUUUUUGAAUCAGAAGAUAAGGCAUAUAAUAUUUACAACUUAUAUGCUGGUAAGGUUGGAUUUAGUAUUCGAAAGAGUCACUCAAAGCUAACAAGAGAUGGCACCGUAUAUCAAAAACACAUUGUUUGCAACAAUGAAGGAGAACGAGGCUGCUUCUUAACUCACUGUGGAUGGAACUCAACAAUAGAAGCAAUUGUUAUUGGCGUUCCACUGCUAGCAAUGCCUCAGUGGACAGACCAACCAACUACAGCGAAGUACAUCGAGAGUGCAUCGGGAAACGGUGUACGCUUGCAGCGGGACAAUGAAGGCAUAGUGAGGAAAAACGCUGAUAAGUGGAUGAAGAAAGCGAAGGAAGCAAUGAAGGAAGGGGGCAGCUCGAGUAAUAAUAUUGCCAUGUUCGCCGCGAAGUACACUUCACACUGACAUGGAAUAGCUUUUGUGCUGUUGCGAUUGUAUACUAUUUGGAUAUCUGGUUACAGCCAAAUUGUGUCGAUAUCUGGUUAUGACUAAGGGAGAGGAAAAUAUAGGUAUACUAUGUUAUUAGUAAAAAAAUUAUUUACUAGCUGAUUGAUUAACGAUUUUGA